AGUCUCAGUGUGUGGCGUCGCUCGGAACCUCUUUCGUGCUACUGAGGCGGCGAGUAGUGUUAGCUUCAGUUUGAGGUUGCGCAAUCUGGUCCUUUGUGCAUCAAGAGACUAUCAUAAUCGUUGGACGGGACGGCAAAUCAUAGGACUGGUGAUUGGAUUCUUUGUCUAGAGCCGUUGGUGUGGAUCGAUCGAAGGAAGUGAUUGAACUCUCAGAGUGCCUUGUACGCAUCGUGUUUGAAGGCGCAACCUCUUUGUAUUUCUCUUGGGUUGUUAAAACUUGAACAACAGUCAGUUUUGUGUCCUAGUUGGUCGCCUGAUAUGGACACAGAUCAAGGUAAGUUGUUUAUCGGGGGAAUAUCAUGGGAAACCACCGAGGAGAAACUGCGAGAUUACUUCAAAGCGUACGGGGAGGUCGCUGAAACGGUCAUUAUGAAAGAUCGGGCAACUGGCCGUGCUCGUGGCUUCGGUUUUGUCAUUUUUGCGGACCCCGCUGUAGCCGAUCGUGUCGUCAACGAGAAGCACACCAUCGACGGGAGAACGGUCGAAGCGAAGAAGGCUGUGCCCAGGGAUGAACAGCAAAAUGUCCCCAGAAGUAGUAGUGGUGGUCCGGGUCCGGCUAGUCAUACUAGGACUAAGAAGAUAUUUGUUGGUGGCUUAGCAUCUACUGUAACCGAGGACGACUUCAAAAAGUACUUUGAGCAGUUUGGUACCAUCACCGAUGUUGUUGUCAUGUAUGAUCACAACACCCAAAGGCCUCGCGGCUUUGGUUUUAUCACCUUCGAUUCGGAAGACGCUGUUGAGAACGUUCUUCAAAAGUCAUUUCACGAGCUCAACGAGAAGAUGGUGGAAGUCAAGCGAGCUAUACCAAAGGAGCUCUCUGCUGGUCCCGGUCGUAACACCACGGGUUUCAGUGGUGGUGGACGUGGUGGUAGCUACGGCAGUGGUUACGGUCAGGGUUACAGUUCUAGCCCAGGUGGAUACGGUGGAAGAGGAGAAAAUCGUUAUGGUCCGAGUCCUGGCGGAAGAGGUGGCUAUGCAGGUUACGGAACAGCAGGGUACGGGACAGCUGGUUAUGGAAGUAGUGGAGGAUACGGAGGUGCCAUGAAUGGCAGCUACGGUGGUAGUGGUUAUGGCAACAGUGCCGGAUAUGCCAGUGCUGGUGGUACUGGUUAUGGAAGCGGGAGCUAUGGUAACACCCCUGGAGGGGGUGCCUAUGGAGGUGCUGGUGGUUAUGGGAGCAGCGGUGCCGGAUCCGGUGGUUAUGGCAGUGCUCCUGUCGGUAGCAGAAGCUCUUGGGGCAGUGGCGGCACUGGAUAUGGUACUGGAGGCACCUCGACCGGUUAUGGAGGCGGGGGAGGCAGUGGUUACGGAGCAGCUGGCGCUUGGGGCUCAGGUGGUGCGGGUGCUGGACAGGCUACUGGGAGCAGCGGUGGUUAUGGGAGUGCAGGUUAUGGCUAUGGAAGCAGCGAAAGUGGUUAUGGAUCCAACGCUACCGGUUAUGGAGGGCGUGGUAGUGGAUAUGGCAGCAGUGCUGGAGGUUAUGGAAGCUCUGGUGGUGGUACUGGCAGUGGCACUUACGCAGGCGGAUAUGGCGAUGUGUAUGGUAGCUCGGGGUAUGCAGACCCUACUUGGAGAUCAGGCGGUACUGAUUCAUACAACUCAGUUGCCGUAGGUUCUGGUGGCCCGGGGAGUGGCGGGGGAUACAGCAUGGGUGCAGCUGCUGCAACAGACGCCGCUGUCAACGGAUCAGCAGGCUACGGAGGGGGUUACGGAGUCGCUGGAAGACAGACUCAGCGAGGUCCUGAUGCACGCUUCAGGCCCUAUCCUGCCGCUGGUGAUCGCACUGGCUAGUAACUGCAUGUGACGUGCAGGUGUAGACAGAUUGUCAAUAAGGUCGUCUGCUUAUUGAACAGUAGAUUUCAGCUUUAGUUAGCGUACACUAUCGUUGAAACGUAGCCUCGGCUAAUUCCAAUUUUCAACUGGUUGAAUUGAGUUAUUCUUAGUUUCGUGGGUUCUGAUAACGCAUAUUGCGCCUGCCGGUGUGUUUACAUUAGCAGCUGGGUUGCGUUCAUUAGUGACUAGACUAGCUUGUACUUAAGGUCGUCGUCCGCUCCAGCUUGUAGGUGUUAUUCUGGUAGGUCUGUCAUCGCACUUUUGUCCAAGUAAUUUGUCCAAUUUGGGUCUUUUAGACCUUCAGUCCUGGUGUUUAGUGGGGUGUUUUUGCUCCUCCAGCUAUCGGUUCAUGUCGUGGGCUCUGGAGAAGCUGGAGUCGAGAGGAAGGAAAGGUUUAGAAAGUUGGCGUUUAAGGGAUGUUUAUUAUCUAAAUCUUCAUUGGACAUUCGGUGUUGUAGAGUCAGUGUAUGUUACAAUGGAAGCGGCUCGGAGGUGUUGACAAUGUUGGGUGUCCUAGAAGCCUUCAGUUCAUCUAUAGACGCAGCUGUACUUUUAUUAAGUUGUGAGAGAUCCGAGUCUUUUUUCGUGGAGGGGAUUUGACGUUUCGUCUAUUAGUCUAAAUGUCAUAGUUUGUCGCGCACAUGUAAUCUGGUUGCUUUUACCUGAAACUGCCCUAUUUUACAGGGGUUGCUGCUUAGUGUCGGUAGGACGCAUUAUCGACUGUGUAACACCAAAUUGGAGCGCACACUGCCGAGCACUUGGGUGGCGAUUGUGAUUUGGUGUGUUGGUCCAAACGAGCAGCAGUUUAAAGACGCUGAAACCGUGUUGUGCAUCAGCGAUUGUUUUACUGAUCCUUGGUUAUCUUCUAUUUGACUGACGUUUGUUAGUUGGUUGGUUAACGGGAAGUCAGACCAUCGGAUUGGAAUGUACUCACCAGUAGGCGGCUCGAACUCCAGGGCAGCUGUAAAAUAGGCGCGUAGUCUUUCACUUUCAGGGAGGCUUCGAUCGCACGUAUUGCGCUGAGUCGGGGAGUCGUACGUGGUCAGCAGAAUGUUUAGGAGACUCUAUAGGGUGGUUUUUGUUUGUCAAACUAUUUCAGUUUAUCAUGAAGGCUGGAUCGGAGGAAGACAGUAUGACCCUUUGAGCAUGCCGUAAUGGUCUAGUUUCCAUGUCCACACACGGAAGAACUACGAGGAGUUGUGGUCAAAGUUACCUAAUGCUGAUCAUGUGAAGUGAUCCUCAAGCAGCGAUUGAGUACUGGUCUCCGGAUUCGCUGCAAUUAAUUUGCACUGAAAUGUCAAUAUAUCAUAUCAAUGGUGAAAUAUCAUCCCGUACAAGAUGCAUAGGAGUUGAGGACUCUUUUUCUUCGAGUUUUCAGUUCAGCGCCCCUGUAGAUCAAAAGGAUGAACGCGAGUCGGCGAAGGCAGUUGCUUACUUUUGGGAGUUCUUCGUGCUCUGAAGCGUAAUAUUGUUUUUAAGCGUAAGAAGUCAUUUGAAUUGGUGCACCCAAUUGGUGCUCAGAACCUUGGUAUGUAUCAUUUUAGACUGAGCAAUGUUUUUAGGUCUUCCUAAAUUCGCAUGGCUGACCUCAAUGUACUUCUACGACACGGGGUUGGGGCCUCUGUUGCCGGUGUAUAUCGUUAGAGAGAGUUGUCCUUAUUUUUGGGUUGC